CCGAGAGGAACUCCAAGCUGCGAGCCAAAGCAGCAUUUCGGCAACUGUUUGUGAAACAGAUCUGAAUCUCAAGCCGUAGCAACUCCAGCACAUCAGCAGCAAUAGCAACAGCAGCAGCAGUAAUUCUGGAUUUAAGCAGCAGCAGUAAAGUUCCCAUGGUUUUGGAUCUCUCGAGGAGCAGCAGGGAAGCUUGAAACGAAGUUUGAGACACUACAGCAGGAUUCUGGUUCUGGAAGAUGAGGUCCGUGGCACUAGCUCUUGGUAACAGCUUGAGGUCCCGAUGGAUGGUGGUGGUGGCAGGCGUCUUCAUCAUGUCCGUCUCAGGUUCCAUCUACGCGUUUGGAGUUUACUCCGCCGCUCUCAAGCGAGCUCUCAACUAUAACCAGAAGACUCUCACCACCAUUGGCUUCUUCAAGGACUUCGGCAACAUUGGGAUCUUUGCUGGGAUCAUAGCGGACCUCUGCCCGGCCUGGGUGGUGCUCUCCAUCGGCGUGGCUUUCAACUCUGUUGGCUAUCUCAUGAUCUGGCUGGCCAUGACUCACCGCACCCGGGCUCCGGCUCUCUGGCAAAUGUUCGUCUACAUCACCAUUGGAGGGAACUCCGUGGCCUUCACUCACUCCGGAGCUCUCGUCACUUGCGUCAAGAACUUCCCACUCCACCGGGGGAUGAUAGUCGGGCUUCUCAAAGGAUUCCUGGGCCUCAGCACCGCCAUCCUCUCGCUCUUCUACCGGGCCAUCUAUGGCGACCACCCGAGCUCGUUCGUGCUGCUCAUCGUCUAUCUCCCGCUCGCAGUGAUCCUGAGCUUCAUGUUCUUCAUCCGCCCCCUCCCAGUCCCCUCGGGCGGAAAGAUAGAGGACGAGGCCCGGGUGUUUUACCGGCUGCUGGCCUUCGAGCUCCUGGUGGCCGGAUACUUGAUGCUGGUGAUCCUCGUGCAACACUCAGUGAAGCUUGACAAGGCCGUCAACGGGGGGCUCGCUGGGCUCCUCGCGCUACUCUUGUGUAUCCCGUUCGCGAUGGUGGUGGCGAUGGAGCUGCGGAAGCUCCGAGCCGAGAAGCCUGUGGUAGACGUGGAGUCGAGCAAAGACGAAGGUGGGGACAAGGCUGGUGGUCCGAUACUCGACGGUGCAUACGGAGGUGGCAGCAAAGACAGGGACAAAGCACUGGCAAAGGUGGAGCCCCGAGAGUCCUCGGAAGAAGACGAGACCGUCACUGUUCCGCUGGAGGCUCCACCGCCAGCGGCAGUGCCAGAGGCAGCGCCAGUACUCCGCCGCCGCAGCAUUGUCCAGAGAGCCGGCGAGCUCUUCAAGACGCCACCCAUCGGCAGCGACUUCACAGUGUGGCAGGCUCUCGUCCACCUCGACUUUUGGCUGCUGUCCGCGGCGUCCACCGCGGGGCUGGGAGCCGGGCUCAUGCUCAUCGACAACCUCGGCCAGAUUGGAAGCUCCUACGGCUACGACGCCGAGAGAACCAACACCUUCGUGUCCCUCACCAGCAUCUGGAACUGCCUGGGCCGAGUUGGAUCCGGCUUCGUGUCCGAGUACUUCGUCCAGCGCUAUGGCCUCGCCCGGCCCUUCUUCUUCGCGCUCGCGCUGGGACUGUCCGCUAUCGGCUACCUCACCAUCGCCCUCGAUCUUCCUGGAGCUCUCUUCGUCGGCUCCAUCCUCAUCGGCCUGUGCUUUGGCGCGCAGUGGGCGCUUCUCCACAUCAUCAUCUCGGAGAUAUACGGGCUCAAGUACUACGGGACGCUGCAAAGCAUCAUCGCCAUGGCCAGUCCGCUGGGGACGUAUCUCCUGUCCGUGCGGGUGGCGGGGUAUAUGUAUGAUAGGGAGGCCGCGCGGCAGCUGCCGCGCGGUACUGCGGAGUCGUGCCAUGGUACCGUGUGCUACCGGACAAGCUUGUUGAUUAUGUGCGGGGUGUGCUGCGCGGGGUGCUUGUUGACGCUGGUGAUAACGCUGAGGACGAGGAGGUUUUACAAGAGGGAGGUUUUCGAGACGCUCAAGGCCAAGAAGAUUGAGCUGGUUAAUGCCAAAAAAGCAUCUAGGUGAGAAAUUUGUAUAGAAUUCACACAUUAUAUAAAAAAUACAUUAGUUUUAAGACAAAAUAAUUAGCCAAUUAUUUUUUUAUGGAAUUGCCAUUUUGCUUGGAAUAAUACCACAUACGAAUCCAAUCUAA